AUGAAUCAGAGCCAUCUAAGUCUUGCAGCACUACUGCCAGACACUCCAUCACCGGUCCUCGACAAGGAGUGGAUUGUUCCUGGCUCAAUAGCUCGUCUCCAUGAUCGAGAUGAUGCUGACAUAUGGAAGGGCUGGAAGCGACACCUCUUCCGCCUCGCUCCGUUCCUAACUUUCGCCAACACCGGACUCUACCUGGUGUAUCUUGGCCUUCGCAUUGCUUGUGUCAUCUUCGCCCAGAAUGCUCGCAAUAGCGUCUACGCCGCCGCAUGGGUCUUCAUCGGCGUGGAGCUUGCCACUGCUAUUCCCUCCCUGAUGCAUAACAUCUGGACCAUGUGGUCGAUGAAGCAAAGGAACCGACCGAAGUUGAGGCUGACCGGCGAAGAUGUGCCUACUGUCGAUGUAUUUGUCACAUGCUGUGGUGAGGAGGAUGAUGUCGUUCUGGACACCGUCCGUGGAGCUUGCGAUCAGGACUACCCGAGGGACCGAUUCCGAGUCAUUGUGUUGGAUGAUGGCAAGUCUGCAAGCCUGGAGAAAGCAGUCAAUGACUUGCUCAUGAGUUACCCCAAUGUCUACUACAUGGCCCGACCCAAGUUCCCUGGAGUACCACAUCACUUUAAGGCUGGCAACCUCAACUAUGGUCUCGAUCAAACUCACAAAAUGCCCGGCGGUGCAGGUCAAUUCAUGGCGGCUUUGGAUGCUGAUAUGAUUCCUGAGCGCGAGUGGCUCCGUGCGAUUCUUCCUCACCUGCUCAUUGACCCCAAGAUGGCCCUUGCUUGUCCUCCUCAGCUCUUCUACAACACCCCGGCAUCCGAUCCACUUGCCCAGAGUCUGGAUUUCUUUGUGCACGUGAUUGAGCCUAUCAAGGAUGCUCUUGGUGUAGCCUGGUGCACUGGAUCUGGUUACAUUGUCCGACGGGAGGCACUGGACGCCAUUGGCAACUUUCCUUUGGGUUCCCUCGCUGAAGACGUCGCCACAUCGACUCUCAUGCUUGGUAAGGGUUGGAAGACGGCUUAUGUUCACGAGCCUCUCCAGUUCGGUACUGUCCCCGAGGAUUACGCCAGCCAUCUUAAGCAGCGAACGCGAUGGGCUAUCGGAACCGUGGAUACGUCCUUCAAGCUGAACUUCUGCCUCUGGGGUGAGAAGGUCAGGCAAAUGACCAUUGCUCAGCGCUUCUCCGGGUUUCUCUACGCGUCCCUCAGCAUGUACACCCUCCUUCUCACGGUCUCGAUGUUCGCCAUUCCUAUCAUCCUGGUCAUGGGCAAGCCUCUCGUUGCAUUCGCAAACGAUGAACAGCUCAGGUGGCUCAUCAGAGCUUGCUUCGCCUCAACUAUCUGCAACCGAUUCUGCGAGUACAUCCUGUCCAUCCCAGCAGGCUAUCAUACCGGCCAGCGAAGCUCUCGAUACCAACUGUGGAUCUCGCCCUACAUCGCAUUAUGCAUUGUUCGAUCAUUCUUCUUACCAAAGUGGCUCGGUGGACAGACCCAGGCUUUCAAGCCCACCGGCUCGCUCGGCUCGGCCCUGAAUGAGCGAGACCCGAAGAUGCGCAAGAACAUGUUCCGCCGUCUCUGGACCAUCAUGUUCAACUACAUGGCCGUCUUCCACCUAUCCUUCGUCUAUCUUACUCUCGUCGGCGUCUGUCUGACUUCCUUCCGCUGCUUCAUCAUCAACAAGUCCACCCAGGGCAUCCUGAAGUGCCUUAUCACCCACGCCUUCUGGCCCCCGUUGACAUUUCUCUUCAUCUGCAGCUCUCUAUGGACCCCGAUCGCCUACGCCAUUGACCCCCCGGAUAUGCCUGACCGAGAGCAGCUGCUGGACCGUGAUAACAAGACCGGAGUCGCCCACCCGACAAAGAAGAGCAAGAAGAUUGCGUUCGGAGGACAGGCUGCCUGGUUCGAGCUGGAGUACACAACUACGACUCUGUACACAAUACUCAUCUUUGUCGUAUCUUUCUUGUUCUGA